UUGGGUAAGUGCUCAUGUUUGGGUCAGAGAGGCUUCUCGGAGCUCGUUUGCUUUCCCAAGCAGUUCUUCAGGCUUUCUGUAACUGAUGUGUAUUUACACGAGGGGCUUAAUCCGGGUUAAAUUAUUCCGCAGACAAAACAACAGAAUCUGGGAGCAUGGAAACUAUAGCUGCUAACCCUCCUGGAGGAUCAAAUGGUUUGGAAGAACCUAAGAAGAUGACAAGAGAGGAUUGGAGAAAGAAGAAGGAAUUGGAAGAACAAAGAAAACUGGGAAAUGCACCAGCUGAAGUGGAUGAAGAAGGAAAAGACAUCAACCCUCAUAUUCCCCAGUAUAUUUCCUCAGUGCCAUGGUAUAUAGAUCCUUCAAAAAGGCCUACACUGAAACAUCAGAGACCUCAGCCAGAGAAACAGCAAGAAUUUACAUUACUAGGAGAAUGGUAUAAGCGAGGAGUUAAAGAGAAUGCUAUUGCAACUAAAUACCGUCAAGGAGCUUGUGAGAACUGUGGUGCAUUGACCCAUAAGAAGAAAGAUUGCCUAGAGAGACCUAGAAAAGUUGGAGCAAAAUUUACAGGAACUAACAUUGCAGCAGAUGAGCACAUGCAGCCUCAGUUGAUGUUUGACUAUGAUGGGAAAAGAGACCGUUGGAAUGGCUAUAACCCAGAAGAACACAUGAAGAUUGUAGAAGAAUAUGCCAAGGUUGAUCUAGCUAAGCGCACACUGAAAGCCCAGAAGUUGCAAGAGGAACUGGCUUCAGGAAAACUGACAGAGCAAGUGAACUCCCCACGACAUCGAUGGGGAGAAGAGGAACCAAAUUCACAAAUGGAAAGAGAUCAUAACAGUGAAGAUGAAGAUGAAGACAAAUAUGCAGAUGACAUUGAUAUGCCUGGACAGAAUUUUGACUCCAAAAGACGCAUUACAGUCCGAAACUUGCGUAUUCGAGAGGAUAUUGCUAAAUACUUACGGAAUCUAGACCCCAAUUCUGCCUACUAUGAUCCCAAAACCAGAGCAAUGAGAGAGAAUCCAUAUGCCAAUGCAGGAAAGAAUCCAGAUGAAGUCAGUUACGCAGGAGAUAACUUUGUUCGUUACACGGGGGCUACCAUUUCUAUGGCUCAAACUCAGCUAUUUGCCUGGGAGGCCUAUGAAAAAGGCUCUGAAGUUCAUCUUCAGGCAGAUCCUACAAAACUUGAACUCUUGUACAAAUCUUUCAAAGUGAAAAAAGAAGACUUUAAACAGCAGCAGAAAGAAAGCAUCUUAGAGAAGUAUGGAGGCCAAGAGCAUCUGGAUGCCCCACCACCUGAACUGCUGCUUGCUCAGACAGAAGAUUAUGUGGAGUAUUCUAGACAUGGAACAGUUAUUAAAGGUCAAGAGAAGGCCAUUGCUCGGUCUAAGUACGAGGAGGACGUAAUGAUCAACAACCACACGUGUAUUUGGGGUUCUUAUUGGAAAGAAGGAAGAUGGGGAUAUAAAUGCUGCUACUCAUUUGUCAAGUAUUCAUAUUGUACAGGAGAAGCUGGAAAGGAAAUUGCCAAUGCCAGUGAAGAAUUGCUAAGUGAGGUGCACGAGGACGAGCAUAUGACCAAACCCAAAACUCUAAUGGAGAUGCACCAACAAAAACAAAAAGAAAAGAAGAAGAAGAAGAAGAAGCAUAAGAAGAGUACAAGUUCUGAUAGUGAGGGAGAAGACAGAAAGAAGCAGGAAAAAUUGAAAAAGGCACUGAAUGCAGAAGAAGCCCGUCUCCUUCAUGUGAAAGAAAUCAUGCAAUUAGAUGAAAGGAAGAGACCAUAUAAUAGCAUGUAUGAAAACCGAGAACCAACGGAGGAGGAAAUGGAGGCUUACCAAAUGAAGCGCCAGCGACCAGAUGACCCCAUGGCCUCUUUUCUGGGGCAGUAAUUUGGGGCAAAGGACUUGCAAGCUCAUAGGACUUGUAUAUUAGCGUCUAAAUGGAUCAAUGUUGUAUGCGGAUCACUUUCCCUAAGCAAGCUGUCAGCUGAUGUCCUGUUCUACAGCAUCAUACUCAGGCAUGGCCCAGCCAGCCUGAAGCUCUCUGAGUAGAAAAAAAAAGUCAGCCAGUGUUCCAUUUGUUGAGCACAUAUACUCAAAAUCCUUGGAAAUUAUAGUGCUGAAUGAAUUUCUGAGUUUUUUAAAAAACUAAAUUGAUUGGAAGAGUCAGUAAAUACCACAUGUACCAAACAGCGUAUGAUUGGUAGGAUCUGUUCCAUAAAUGCAUAGUUUACUUCCCUGAAUAGAUUAAAGCUGCCUUUGAGGAAAACUUUAUCUGAAUCUAAUAGCAUUCCAUACUUCUGAAAUGAUUUUAAGCUUCUCUCUCAGCAGAAUUUAUUUUAGCAUUCCAGCUAUUAUAAGUGGUUCAGAUGUUUCACUUCUAAUGGGGUAGGUUAUUCUGUUACAUUUUUUUAAUCUUCUGCAGAGCACAGUAGAGAGGAAUUAUCCAGUCUUUUCCUGUACUGGUCCCCAGCUGAAUGUGUAAGAACACGCAGAACAUGUAAGAGAUAUCCUAACUUCCCUUCUUCCUCUGACUUCUGUCCAUGCUCAGUGGAGACAGAUUGGAGUGUGCUCAGUUUUCAGUUAUAGCUAUGCCACGCAUUACCUAAUGCCCCAUUGUACUUGGGGUGACCUAGAUUCUUUAAACUAGGUACAAGAUUCUAUUUCCCUGUAGACUUGUCUGUGGCUUGGUUAGGACCACUGUACCUUUUCUUCCUUUACAUCAGCCAUCCCAGACUUGUUGGUCAUGCUGGCCUGGAAUUUUAGGAGUUGUAGUGCCACAGCAUCAGAAUAGCAUAACAUUGAAGGAAGCUAUUCUACAUUCUUUUAAAAUUAAAAGCAUUGUGAUAUUGAAUGGUUUUCAGUACAAUUAGGAAUUAUUUUUGGAAUUCAAGAAUAAGUUCGAAAUUCUUACCGAUUUGGAAAUGCUUAAACUCUAGCUGUGAUGCUUUAACAAAAAUCUCAAGUUUUGUGGUACCAAAGGCUAGUUCAUUAAUUGUAACAUAUGCCUGGAUUGACUAGUCAAAUUGAAGCCCUCAGUUUGAAGGGAAGUGUUGCCAUGUUGACACGGCAAGCCAGAAGUUAGUGAAAUGCAAAGAGCACAGUCCAACGUUACUGUGUAAUGCUCAAUUGAGAAAAAGAAUAGAUAUUUAUAUUAGUUACUGUGUAAUUGCUGAUCUUCCUAGCCUUACUAUUUGAUGGUGGAAGAAAAAAACUCAUUUUGAUCAAACUCAAAUAGAAUCAAACUUGUCAAUAUGCAUUAUGUUAUUAAUUUCACCCUGCAUAAUGGGAAACUACUGAGGGUCCUGCUUGUUGCUAUUUUUUACAUGCCUGUUCUUUUGGCCAAAGUUGUCCCUCUGGUUAUAAUAGAAAGGCAUUGCUGGCAAGUGAUGGGAUACAUUUUAAAUACAAAUAAGAAUGCGAUUUGACAUUUAGAAAGAAGGUACAGAAAAUAAUAGAGAAUAUUUUGAAAUUUGUAACUAUAGCAUGGAAAAGAGACCCCAUUCUGAAGUGUAUUAUUCCAAAAAUGUAUAAUUAUUUUUAUAUAAGCUUUU